ACCCAUUCGCCAUUUUUCUGCCAGAAAUGUGCACUUACCUGGUACUGCACUGCCGCUCCGCACCAUCUCGCUUCCGGGUUCGAUUCAGCACGUUUUUUUAAGAUCCGAUGUUUCUUCAGCAGUAGAUUUAGAGUCUAGAUUGAAGACGACGACAUGAUGUCUUUGCAAACCUGAUGAGACUAAAACAAGGUAUUGCUGCCUAUGGCAUCCCCACUUUCCAGAGAACUAAACUUCUGUUGAAUGAGAACGACAUCUUACACCAUGGAUGGAUUCUGCCUUCUCUAUCUGCUCCUGAUCCUCUUGAUGAGAUCUGGUGAUGUUGAAACCAAUCCAGGUCCUGACACUGCAGAAAGUACUGUCAGUGAAAAGGAGUUCCUGAAGCUGGCCCAGGCUAUCCCUCCAUCUUACUACGAGGCUGUCGGGAUAUCUCUAGAGAUCCCCUUAGCUCAGCUACAGGCAAUCCUGAUUCAGAAGUCAAACAACUAUACCAAUGCAUUUUUGAGCGUAUUCAUGAACUGGAAGGUCAAGCAGCAACCUCCACAUUCGAACAGACGACAGCUUUUGGCAGACGCACUUCGAGAGAUUGACCUGGGUGGCUUAUCGGACAGAUUACUCAGAGGGCCAUCAAGACUGCUCGAUUCACAGACCAAACCUUCUUUAGCUGAGUCUCAAACCAAACCACUUUCUUCUGAACUAGUUGAGCGCUGUGCAAAUGAUUUCAAGUUCAAGUAUAGGUCAACUCUCUGUAAGAUCAGAGCUGAUCCUCUCAAUCCUGCUUCCACUGUGCAGUUUGACGACUUGUAUACUAAUCUCGUCUUACUAGAAGAACAUGGAACAAAGAAGCGAGUGCUAGAUUACAAUGAUAUGCUUGAUCUGAAAGUCAAUGGAGAGUUCCCCAAGCGGAUCAUGGUUCUGGGAGAGGCAGGGGCUGGAAAAACUACAUUCUGUGCUAAGAUUGCCUGGGACUGGAUUGGAGCGAGGCAUUUCAGUCAUUUUGUGUGGGUCUUGAUUGUUCCUCUACGUGAAUUUAAGCAACACACUAUUGGCGAGAUUGCCAAGUCUUAUCUGGCCAAAAACAAUCCAGCAACGGUUUCUCAGAUUACUGAGUAUAUCAGGUCAAAUCCUGACAAGGUAUUCAUCGCAUUCGAUGGGCUAGAUGAAAUCAAAGGCAAAAUCAUGAAGACAAAAUCUUGCAGAACACAGCCUUCUGAUCAAAUGCAACUUCAGCCAUCACAGCCAAGUGUCACCUCCUCAGUGGCAUGUGGCAGCUCAUCUGAGCCUGGUGAUAUUGGACUUGUAGAUAUUCUUUGUUCAGAUCAACUUGCCUCUUGCCCAGUCUUGGUGACCACUCGCCCAUGGAGAGCAGUAGAGAUUAGAUCAGAUGGUGAUCUAAUGAAGCUCUACACAUUCAUUCGUGUUGAGGGUUUCAACAGAGAGAAUUUGUCAGAUUACAUUCACAAAUACUUUCCAAAGAAUGAUAAUAAAGAUAAAGCAAAUCAGCUUAUCCAGUUCACCAGUGAGAAUGAUGUCAUAUCUGAAAACAUGGCCCACUAUCCUAUAUAUGUAGCCAUGUUGUGUCUUAUGUGGAAAGAACUUGAUGCUCAAAAACUAAAGGAAAUUAAAUCCCUGAAAUCUUUUUCACAGAUAUUCAAAGAAAUGAUUGCCUUUCUAAAAGAACACUAUGCUCAGAAAAUGGUGAAGAAAGUAGGCAGCCCCUCACUUCUUUCUUAUUUGAAAAAAAUUGAUGAGCUCCUUGGACCGAUUGCCAAGCAGGCCCUCAAUGGUCUGCUAGAAAAUACCUUGAUUUUCGAUGAAGAAGAUUUCCAAAAAUGCCCAGAAUCCAAGGACACUGCCUGUCGGGUUGGGAUUAUGUCUCAGGAGGACAGAAUUACCACUAGCAUGGACAUACAUAAGAGGAAUUCUCAUGUGCAAUUGCCAGUCUUCUUCCCUCACAAACUUUUUCAGGAGUACAUGGCUGGAGUCCAUCUUGCUUCCCUGUAUGAAUCUGAUCGUAAUGAAUUCAACAUGCUGAUUGAGGAAGUAGUGCUGCCAAGAAAGGAGGAGUUUAGGUAUCUCCUAUACUUCACUGUGUCACAAAACAAAAGUAUUGCAACUCACGUUCUGAACUCUAUGCUUCAGGGACUUGACAUAGAUGUAGGUAGAGAGUCACCUAUCCUUGUUGGUGAUCCCUGUUGGGUUCAGCUACCCACAGAUGCAGGUAAAGAAUUAUCUUUCAUUGUUGAUGUAGCCUUUGAGAGUCGGGACCCAGAUGUAGCAGCCUUGGUGAAGGACAGGGUUUCAUCAAAGGAAAUUGCACUGACCAUAUCCGAUGGCAUGACAGCACACACUGUAGCUGGUUAUGCUUUCAUUGGACCACAUGUGGUUACCCUCUAUAUUAAGAGAAAUUGUGGACCUACUACGUCACUGGAUGUGGCAGAGAUAAUAUGCUCCAUGCCAUCUUUGAAGGAAGUUUCUCUACAAAGUGCAUUCCAUCAUUGUUUUUUUGAAACACUUGCAAGGAAAGGAAAAGAAUCAAAGGUCCAGACUGUCAAGCUUGAUUAUCUCCGGUGUCCCACAGUAGCCUCAUCGUAUCUCCUAGCAGAAGCACUAUGUUCUAUGCCCAACCUGACUGACCUGACACUUGGAUGGGUUCUCCAUGAGGAGUUCUACUCUGCAUUGAAAGCAAAGGCAUCAUCCAUACAGGUAUGUGUGUCCUAAUGUAAAUGUCAUGGAGGUUCGUUGAUCGACAGAAACAGCAGUAAUAGUUAUAUGGUUCACAUGUAUAGACCACUUUAUUUAUUUUUAUUAAUUUCGCCAAUCACCCUUUGGAACAGUUAUGAAACAUGGAAUAAAGCAAACUACACAUGUACUGAUUCAGUUGAAAUUCAAGUGUGUCUAA